CCAGAGCACACGACUGCGUCAGGGAAUUGCCUUGGACGCUGUUCUACGCUUGAUUUUGAUUCUAUUUUUUACGUUUUCCCAUCCUACAGCUACCUGUCUAUCAUCAUGGCCGAGACACAGGCUCCCGAGGUUGACUACACCCUCAACAACCCCGAUACCUUGACCAAGUACAAGACCGCGGCGACCAUCUCGCACAAAGUCCUCGAGGCCGUUUCAGCUCUGUGCGUGGAGGGUGCCAAGAUCGUCGAGAUCUGCCAGAAGGGUGAUGAGCUGCUGGAGGAGGAGAUUGCCAAGGUCUACAAGGGCAAGAAGAUCGCCAAGGGUAUCUCUCACCCCACUACCGUCUCUCCCAGCUCGUAUGUGACGCCCUACACGCCGCUGGUGUCGGAUGCCAAGGAGGCCGAGACCACGCUCAAGGCCGGUGAGGUUGCAAAGGUCCAGCUGGGCGCUCAGAUCGAUGGAUUCGGCACGAUUGUCUGCGACAUGGUCAUCGUGGCCGCCGAGGGCGAGGUGAGCGGCCGUGAGGCAGACUUGAUCCACGCGACGCACUAUGCCAACGAGCUCCUGCUCCGCCUGAUGGUGCCCCCCGGUCUGCUGGCCAGCGGAACCGACGAGGAGAAGGCCAAGGCCGCGGCGGAGAAGCCCUACUCCCAGUCCCAGAUCACCGGCCUGAUCGAGAAGGUGGCCAAGGCUUACGACUGCACUGUCGUCGAGAACACCACCAGCUGGCUCUUUGACCGCAACGAGAUCGAGGGCACCAAGAAGAUCAUCCUCUCGCCCGGCUCCGGCGUCAAGGGCGAGGGUCUCCCCGCCGUCGGUGAGGUCUGGGGUGUGGAGAUCGGUCUCAGCUUGGGCUCCGGCAAGGUCAAGACUCUGGAGCACCGCGCUACCCUCCACCGCCGCACCACCACCACCUACAUCCUCAAGCGUCCCAGCUCUCGCCAGACCCUUUCCGAGGUGGUCAAGAAGUUCGGCACUUUCCCCUUCAGCUUGCGCCAGCUCGAUGACGAGAAGGCCGCCAAGGUUGGUGUUGUCGAGUGCGUCCGUGGCGGUGUUCUGAGACAGUACGAGCCCGCUGGUGAGGCCGACGGCUCUGCUGUUUCGCGCCUGUUCACCACUAUUGCCAUCACUAAGAACGGCAUCACCCGCCUGGCCGGCCCCACGACCGACUUGACCAAGUUCAAGACCGACAAGAAGAUCGAGGACGAGGAAAUCCUCAAGAUCUUGGAGCGUCCGUUGGCCCGCUCGACUGGCUCCAAGGGCAACAAAAACAAGAAGAAGAAGGCGGCGGCCAAGAAGGAGGAUGAGCCCAGCAACGAGUAGAGGUCGACCGAUAUAACAAGAGACACGACCCGUACAACCCAAGGCAAGGGGAGGAAAGGGAAAAAAAAACAAAUGUCCGAUCAUCUCAUGUUAGACAACUGC